AUGUCUAAAACAAAGGACUUGAUUAGACAGAUUUAUUUUGAAAAAAUAGCAAUACAGAUUGCUCGUAAAUCACCUGAAUCGAUUCGUAGAAAGAAAUCUGUUCCGAAAAUACCAGAAACAGACGCGUAUGAAGCAGCUUGCAGACAUGUCGCGAAUUUCUUAUACAACCACGGAAUGGAGAUGUCUCUUUUUGUUUCUAGUAUUGAAACAGGCGGAGCAAUUCCAAAGAAAUCUCUUCCAGUUCCAGUUGGAAGAUUAUUAGGACUUAGUGAACAUAAAAAUCUUUAUUUGCAAGUUCGUCGUGCUGUUCGUCCACCAAAACUUCCUAAUGUUAAAGGAUAUCACGCUCAGCAUCAUCAUCACCAUCAUCACCACCACCGCCGCGAAGAAGGCAGCAUGACACCAUCAGAAGCUUACAGAGAAACAGCUAAUAUGCUUACUCGUCGUGCAGCGAAUGAAAUUCGUGGCCUUGGUGUUGAUCCAUUAGAUCCAUUUGCCGCACAGCAGUUAUACGAUGAAUUCAAGAUGUUCCUUAAUGCAAGAAAGACUAAACAAGAGGAGCCACCACCACCUCCACCACCAGUUCAGGAAGAAACACCAGUUUAUCAGCCAAUGGAAGUUAUUCCGGAGCCACCAGCCCCGCGCUCGGAACCAUCUGUUAAAUCAUCAUCAGCUAGGAAAUCCAUAUCAUCUCGCCACUCAUCUUCAGCUAAAACACCAAGUGUUGUUGAAACAUCAACAGUUCCAGAGUCUACAACCCAAACAACAUCGACUGUUCAUCAGGAAGAAGAGGAUGAAGAGGAAGAUAAUGAAGAAGAAGAGGAUGAGGAGGAAGACGAAGAAGAAGAGGAAGAAGACUUUGGAGAAGAGGAAGAAGGUGAAGAAGAGUAA